AUGGUUCACUGUGCCGGAUGCGAAAGGCCCAUUUUGGACAGAUUUCUCCUCAACGUUUUGGACAGAGCGUGGCAUGCAAAGUGUGUGCAAUGUUGCGAGUGCAAAUGUAACUUAACAGAAAAAUGCUUUUCAAGAGAAGGGAGACUCUACUGCAAAAAUGACUUUUUUAGGCGUUACGGCACCAAGUGUGGAGGCUGUGCCCAGGGGAUCUCACCUAAUGAUCUGGUUCGGAGAGCACGAAGCAAAGUCUUUCACUUGAACUGCUUCACCUGUGUUAUGUGUAACAAGCAGCUCUCCACCGGAGAGGAACUCUACAUCAUAGACGAAUAUAAAUUCGUUUGUAAAGAGGAUUACCUAAACGGUAGCAACGUAAAAGACACGAAUCUUCUCUCAGUCACUACUUGUAGCGACCCAAGCCUUUCCCCUGAUUCUCAAGAUCCGCAAGAUGACGGGAAAGAUUCAGAAAUGGGCCACCUUUCGGACAAAGAAACGUGCAAUAACGAGAAUGACGAGCAAAACCUAGGAGGAAAACGACGAGGACCGCGCACAACUAUCAAAGCCAAACAACUGGAGACCCUCAAAGCCGCUUUUGCGGCCACCCCUAAACCAACUAGACAUAUACGGGAGCAGCUCGCUCAAGAGACUGGCCUCAACAUGAGAGUUAUCCAGGUGUGGUUCCAGAACCGACGAUCCAAAGAGCGACGAAUGAAACAGCUGAGUGCUCUUGGUGCUAGAAGGCAUGCUUUUUUCCGCAGCCCGAGACGAAUGAGAACGCUAGGCGAUCGACUGGAACCAGGGGAACUCAUGCCGAACGGACAUUUCUCCUACUACGGGGAUUAUCAAGGGGAAUACUACGGUCCAGGUAGCAAUUAUGACUACUUCCCCCAAGGUCCUCCAUCCUCCCAGGCUCAGACACCAGGAGACCUGGGCUUUGUGCCCUCAUCUGGCCCAGCGGGAACCCCUUUAGGCACCAUGGACCACCAUCAUCCCGGACACCACCCAUCCAGUGAGGUUCAGUGCUUCAGUGAGAUAAUAUCUCACCACCCGGGAGACUCACCGAGCCCAGAGCCCAGUGGACCAGGGUCCAUACACAGCAUCUCUGCAGACAUGUGUGGCUCCAGCACGCCCUUUACUUCCCUGACACUAAACGGGAAUGCAUACAGUAACCAACUGUCUCAUCCAUCCUCAGAAAUGAGUGAAGGCACUGUUUGGUAG